ACCAGACAUACCCCGAGGGUGCUCACUCACUCCCUUCUCCCCACGCUCCCCACAACCUUCCUCCCACCCCACCAUGACCGGCUCCACAACCAGCGCUCACCACUGCCCCAACCCCAAGGGGGGCAAAGGAACGCGGUCCAGGAGCUCGCAUGCAAGAUCAUUGUGCCUCACCAACAAUGGGGGGUCGGAGGAGGAAGACAAAGAAGGAGGGGUACUGUUCCACGUCAACAAGAGUGGCUUCCCCAUUGACAGCCACACCUGGGAAAGGAUGUGGAUGCACGUGGCAAAGGUACACCCCAAGGGAGGAGAAAUGGUGGGAGCCAUCAGGAAUGCUGCCUUCUUGGCAAAACCUACAGUGCCCCCAGUCCCAAACUACAAGAUAUCCAUGUCAAUCCCGGAAUGGCUUCAGGCAAUCCAGAAUUACAUGAAGACUCUACAAUACAAUCAUACAGGGACACAAUUCUUUGAAAUUCGAAAAAUGAGGCCACUCAGUGGGUUGAUGGAGACAGCAAGAGAAAUGACUCGAGAAUCUUUACCCAUCAAAUGUCUUGAAGCUGUCAUCUUGGGCAUAUACCUAACAAAUGGGCAGCCUUCCAUAGAACGAUUCCCCAUCAGCUUUAAAACCCAAUUCUCAGGAAAUUACUUCCACCAUGUUGUAUUGGGGAUCUAUUGCAAUGGCCGCUAUGGCUCCCUAGGCAUGAGCCGGAGGUCCGACCUAAUGGACAAACCUCUGACCUUUCGGACUCUGAGUGACCUCAUCUUUGAUUUUGAAGACUCUUACAAGAAAUACCUACACACAGUCAAGAAGGUCAAGAUUGGGCUGUAUGUCCCCCACGAGCCCCACAGCUUCCAGCCCAUUGAGUGGAAGCAGCUGGUUCUCAAUGUCACAAAGAUGAUGAGGUCAGAAUUAAGGAAAGAGCUGGAGAAAUAUGCCAGGGACUUGAGAAUGAAGAUCUUGAAACCCGCAAGUGCCCACUCUCCUCCCCUGGAGAGAAGUCGGGGAAAGUCACUGUCUCCCCGGCGAAGGCAAUCAAGCCCUCCGAGACGACUUGGGAGGCGAGACAAAUCGCCCUCACUCCCAAGUAAGAAGGUGGCUGACCUCAGUACUCUUAAUGAAGUAGGCUAUCAGAUCCGAAUUUAACUAAGCCAUAAUGGCCAGCAGUGCUUCUGUUUGCACUUUACCCAGCACAUGGCAUCUUCAAGAGGAUUUGCAACUCUUUAUCAAGAUCCUGUGA